CCCAGCCCUGCCCGCAGCACCCCCGGCCCGGCCGCUCCACACCGGGCACGUCCCGGGGCAGGGGCUCGGGGGAGCCGGCGUGGCCCCUGGCAGCGCAACGUGGCCGAGAUGAGCAUGGCAACCAUGAAGGAGGACAACAGCCACGGCCAGGAGGAGGCAGACUGCAGGGCAGAGCUGAUCCUCCUCAAUGGGGCCUGUACCAGUCCCACCACUGACACUCCCACCCUUAUACUGGAGGCUAAUGGGAAGCCCAGCACUCCGGAUGCUGGGGGCCUGGGGCUGCCGUCGCUGAAGAACAACAAGAGCGUGAGCAAGGGAGACCUGGCCAAGGAGGAGGAGGACCUGUCCUGGCCGCUGGCUCUCACGGAGGUGCAGGAGGUGCGGCCCCGAGGCAGCGCGGGCUGGGAGAGCAGCCUCCGGCAGAAGCCCCCCGUCCGCCUCAUCUUCCAGGCAGGGCAGACCCGCCACGAGAUGAAGAUCAAGGAAACCAACAGCGUGGAGCCCCCCCGGGACCUGCCGGCUCCCCUGCGGAGCUCCAAGCGGCGCCCGUCUGCAUCCAUCCCCAUCCCCACCAUCGACCUGACAGAGGAGGAUUCCCGGGACUCAUCCCGGAGCAGCAGCACGCUCUCCGGCAGCAGCUCGCAGGAGGGACAGAAUGGCUCCGCUGAGCUGGGGGCCGAGGAGUCCGAGAGCAGGGAUGUGGGGAUGGCGCUGGAAUACCAGGACGGGAAGGAUUUUGGAAUCGGGGAGCUCGUCUGGGGAAAGAUCAAGGGUUUCUCCUGGUGGCCUGCGAUCGUCGUCUCCUACAGAGCCACGGCCAAGCGCCCGGCAGCCUCGGGCAUGCGCUGGGUGCAGUGGUUCGGAGACGGGAAGUUCUCCGAGGUUUCUGCAGACAAGCUGGUGGGACUCGUGGCCUUUAGGCAGCAUUUCAAUCUGUCCACGUUCAAUAAGCUGGUCUCCUACCGCCGAGCCAUAUACCAUGCGCUGGAGGUUGCCCGGAGCCGGUCGGGGAAGACGUUUUCUGCAGCCCCUGGGGAGUCCCUGGAGGAGCAGCUGAAGCCCAUGAUCGACUGGGCACUCACCGGCUUCAAACCCCUGGGCUUGAAGGGACUGCGCCCGCCCAAAGCCUCAGAGAACGGGGUCCUGAGGAAUGGGACGGAGGAGGUGCUGUCCCUCGAGCAGUGUCCCCCCACCAAGAGGCUGAAGACCAACCUCUGCAACAACGGCAAGGAGCAGCGAGUGGAGGAGGACCAGACCCGAGAGCAAAUGGUUUCGGAAGUUACGAACAACAGUGGGAGCCUCGAAGAGAGCUGUUUGUCCUGCGGGAGGAGGAACCCAGCCACCUUCCACCCGCUGUUCGAGGGGGGGCUCUGCCAGACCUGCAGGGAUAGAUUCCUGGAGCUCUUCUAUAUGUACGAUGAGGACGGUUACCAGUCCUACUGCACCGUCUGCUGCGAGGGCAAGGAGCUGCUGCUCUGCAGCAAUUCCAGCUGCUGCAGGUGCUUCUGUGUGGAGUGUCUGGAGGUGCUGGUGGGCCGAGGGACGUCGGCCAAGGCGAAAGAGCAGGAGCCCUGGAACUGCUACAUGUGCCAGCCCCAGAGGAGCUACGGGGUGCUGCAGCGCCGGCAGGACUGGAACACGCGCCUGCAAGACUUCUUCACCAGCGACAAGGGGCAGGAAUACGCUGCACCCAAAAUCUACCCAACAGUCCCGCCAGCGGAGAGGAGACCUAUUCGAGUACUCUCUUUGUUUGCUGGCAUAGCCACAGGACACACCAGAGCGGCCACAUCGAGCGUCUGUGCCGAGGAAGGAGACCGGGAGACUAAAGAGAGCAGUGCAGCCUCAGACGUCUGUCCCUUGGCAGGGUACCUGGUGCUGAAGGACUUGGGCAUCCAAGUGGAGAAGUACAUCGCCUCGGAGAUCUGUGAAGACCCCAUUGCUGUGGGCACCAUGCGGCACGAGGGCAACAUCACCUACGUGCAUGAUGUCAGGAACAUAACCAAGAGAAAUAUCGAGGAGUGGGGUCCUUUUGACCUGGUGAUCGGUGGAAGCCCCUGCAAUGACAUCUCUCUUGUCAACCCAGCCAGGAAGGGGCUCUAUGAAGGAACCGGGAGGCUGUUCUUUGAGUUCUACCACCUGCUCAACUAUGCCCGUCCCAAGGCAGGAGAGGAACGUCCCUUCUUCUGGAUGUUCGAGAAUGUGGUGGCCAUGAGGGUCAACGACAAGAGGGACAUCUCUCGGUUUCUGGAGUGUAACCCAGUUAUGAUCGACGCGCUCAAGAUAUCUGCUGCCCACCGAGCACGCUAUUUCUGGGGUAACCUUCCAGGGAUGAACAGGAUCUUCGGCUUCCCCCUCCACUACACGGACGCCUCCAACAUGGGCCGUGGCGCUCGCCAGAAGCUGCUGAGAUCGUGGAGCGUCCCCGUCAUCCAGCACCUCUUCUCCCCGCUCAAGGAUUACUUUGCCUGCGAUUAGCAAGCCAAGCGCCCCUCGUCUCUCUGGUAAAGAUGCACAGCUCGGCUGGCGUGGCGGGAGAGGGACGGGCACGGCCGCCGGGCUGCCCCGGCACCAUCCCUGCCCUUCCCUCCUGCAGGGAGGCAGCCUGGCCCCGCGGGGAGAGCCGAGGAAAUGUCUUUAACCAAAGAACCUGGCAGGGUAACUUUUCUUGAAAGGGACUAAUGGCAGUGAUAGAAAACAUGGACAAAAGAGCUUUAACUGCCCAGCGCAGGAAGCUCUGUGCGUGGCUGAGACGGGAAGUCUCCUCCAGAGCAUUAAAUACCCCGUUUUAGCCUAGAGCUGAAAGUCACAACCUGCUGAGCAGUAAGUGUGGAGGCAGCUGCCGAGGUGCUGCAGGCAGAUGUGAACUACAGCGAGUUACUGCUUCUGAACAAACAAAACCUCUCUUGAAGCAACUGCCAAACCCCCCGGCUGUAGCAGGAGGUGUAAGGGACCCUGCUCAGGUACAUACACUGAACACGCAGGAUACACACACCAAAUCGGUUUUAUUCUUAUUUUUUUAUAAACUUUUGUGUUGUUUAACGUCUGUUGCUGCUUUAAGGCAUUACAUACGAAUGUGGAGAUUCCUAGACCUGAAUGUAGCUGAAACUGAACUGUGAGGUGAUAGAAUUACUUUUCUAGCUAGAACUAAAAGAAUAUUGUUUUUAUACGUUUGGCCGUAGUUUACAAAUACUCACUACUUCCUUUUUAAAGCAUUUACAACCUUUUCCUUCCAUUUUAAAAAUCCUGCUGAGUGGUUUGAAAGCUUACACAGGAAUCGGAGCAGGGAGGAUUUGGGCUCCAGUGUCCAUAAAGGAAAAUGUUCUCUGAGCAUCCAUUUCCCCAGUGAAUGUGGUGCAUGGGCAGGAAGGGCAGUGCAGGGGUCAGUGUGGUCCUCAAGCUGCAGCCCCCAUGUGCUGUGAAGCUGAGCAGUAUUGGCAGCGUGUUGGCUGUGAUGCGGGAGCUUCCUGGCAGGGCAGAUCCCACCGGACCCUGGCGGGGUUGCAGGAUCCCAGAGCACAGCACCAGCCUCACCCAUGCUGAUCCUGCUCAUGGGCAGCAAGGUGGGAAAGCUGCUGUGGCUGGGGGCUGUGCAUGUCCCCCCCCAUUGCAGGCACUGCUGCUGGGGCAGGUCCUGGGUCU